AUGAUGUCCCCGCCCCGGGACUUCGAGCUCGUCGGGUGUUCGGAGAACCACGAGGGCUGCAAGCCCCGGCGAGGGCGGUUGAACAGGGGCUUCAAGGUGCCUGGGGUUUUCCACGGAUAUGCCUUCUGCGUUAUCGCGGGGAAGGGCGCGGGAGCAUCGUCCUCCAGAGUCGACGGGUCGCGGUCGGGGUUGGAGCGGCUGCUGAGGCUUGGUGGGGGCGUCAUCCUGGCACCUGUGCCCCCGCGGGCCGCUGAAGGGUUCUGCGACAACCCCUUCGGCUCGGAGGACAUUUCCGGCUCUGACGAUGAGGCGGUGCACGUCGAAGCUGGCAGCGGCGACGGCGGAGACAACGAGGCGACGGCGAAGGAGAGGACGGUGGUCGUCUUGGCCAUGCCAGACUCUUCAGACGGGCGCGGGGUCAGCCUGAGCCUCGCCAAGGCCGCGACGGACAAGUGCAGAGAGCUCGGAGCCGCCGCCGCGGUCGACCGGGGGUGGGCCUUGCGGUCCCUGGACAUCGGCUCUCGGGUGCCCUUCGACGGCCACGACCUAAGCGACGACGACAUACGCAGGCCGAGCGGCCAGCGGGGCGGUGGCUCCUCCAAGCGCGCCGCGAGCCGGCUGAGCAUUCCGCGGCCGCGGUGCGGCGAUGCCCGGCCUAGGACGGAAGUUUUGCUCGAUCUGGAAGACGACGGGGGGCGUCGCUCGGCCAUGGCGGAAGCCGUGCGGGCGGACCGGGAGAAGACGGCGAGGCUGCUGCGGAUAGCGGAGGAGGUGUCGAAGGCACCGACCAAGCAGGUGCCGGCGUCGGAUCCCCCUCCCGCGCCUGGGGCAGACGGUUUCGAGUUUACCCGCAACGGCAGCAAGAAGAAGGCGAAGGGCCCUCCGAACGUGACGACCUUCGCCGCAGAAAACAAGGCCCAGCGGGAUCUCAAGGAAGCCUUGCACAAAGUCGGAUACCUUGACGCCGACAGCUCGGACCCGGACAAGGAACACAGGCUCGGAGAGUUCUGGUUCGACUUGGUGUACGACGGCUUCUUCAUGAAGCGAUCGGAGAACGCGAUCCCGGAGGCGAAGCGUAGGGGCUGCCCGGUGGACGUCCUCAGAGCCGAGUUCGAGAGCCACGAUGCCAUCCAGACCGAUCGCUCCAGGGCCAACGUCGAGAAACUGCCCGGGGAGUUCCCCUUGUGGAAGGCGGGAAACGGCUCGGAAGAUGCCGUGGAGCUCCUUUGAGGUCGGAGGAGAGCGGAGAAUGCUUCUUGCGUGGAAAAUGAAAGGCCCGUGCGCGCGGGAGGUCGAAUUCAUUUUCCGUUCCUUCGGUUGGCUCGGUUGUUCUCUUGCCGCGCUCAGUGAGCGUGAUUUUCAUCGAUGACUCCAUGUUUUUGUUUUAUUGCUGUACCCAGCGAUGGCUGCGUGGUGGUGGGACGCGUACCACCCGCGGGUUGGGUCUGAUUAGGAAGUUGCGGGUUGGGUUUGAUCAGGAAGAUGUGCUCGUUUUUCUCGGAGUCUAUCCCGGGCCCACGGGUAGUCGAUCGGUGUGUUUCGACUGGAGAAGAGGGCUCGCGAGUUUUUUUUUGUGCUCGUUGGGUUGGGAUUGGCAGGCGCUCUUUUGGAAAGGGCGUAGUUGCUGUACACUGGUCGUCCGUGGAGGGGGGUUUUAUAGAAAGACUACGAUGGCAGACGAACGGGUUGCUACCUUUUUCCGUUGCCGAGCCAAAGACCCGUUUCGUAUAGUCCCGGGGUCACCGGGGGCAGUCCAUCGUGUGCUUACAAACUCGGUUGGCGAGCUCGUGUUAGGUUCCGUAGCCUUUACAAUGAAAAAUGUUUGUUUUCGUUGCUAUCCCGGGCGUGUUUUGGCCGCAGGGGUAAACGGGUCGUGUGUGUUGCACCCGAUAGGUUAGCCGGACGCCCUUUUGGAAAGGGUGUUUUACGCUGCUGGGCUCAUGGGCGGCUCAUGCGAGGAGAUUGGUUGCGUAUCGGCUUCAGCUCGAAACGCGCUCGUGGAACGGCUUCGUUUGCAGUUGCGCUCUCUCGGUGUGUCUGCGUGCGGGA